ACGUAUUACUUCCCUUAGUUGCAAUUAGUAGUCUCCCUUUUCCAAGCAUGCGCAUUCCAACCUACUUCCCAAGUUCCAAAAUGGCGUCGAAGGUCAUACCGGCAAUUGCGAGAUUGGGAGGAUCUGUUGUUUCAACGGGAACCAACGCUGUCAAAUAUGCCAAACCUCGUCUACAGACUUUCUGGACGUAUGCAAAAGUGGAGCUGAAGCCACCAACAUUCAGUGAGAUGCCACAAGUACAGGAGUCUAUAAACUCACUGAUUGUGGCUGCAAGGCAAAAAAAAUGGAAACAGUUGACUGUUAAGGAAGCAUGGUUGAACACACUUGUUGGGGCUGAGAUAAUGUUCUGUUUCUUCAUCGGGGAGGUCUUAGGACGUCGAAGCUUGGUUGGAUACUACAUCCCAGGAGCAGUUCAUUAUGAAGCUGUUAUUUAACCUGUUAAUCUAAUUAGUGUCUGAUAUUUGAUACCAUUUUAUGAGAAGGAGAUUUUCAAGAUCAUUUGUUGUUAAGUUUGUUUUUAAGUACAUGUUUGCUUAUAGUGUUGACUGCGAAUGGUCAGGAAAAAAAGAAUUUUGACACAUAGUUGUAAAUGAAUUUGCUGGAUUGUGCUGAAGAUGAUUUUGAACACAUCUAAGAUGAAAGCAAAAGUAAGGUUUAUUUCUAUCAACAGAUGAGGAUGGUGUAAUUCUCAAUAAAAUUACUUAGUUUUCUUGAGAACUUUAUGAACUGUGGAUAAUUUAUAUCUUCAGGAUCUGAUUUUCUUUAGCACAACAAGUAAAGUAUUGAGAUAAAUAAAAAUCCUCAGACAAAUAGG